AUGAUUGAAGACUACGACGCGGUGAACAGCGAAACUUUCGAAGCCGACGUUCCAGACGAAGAGUGGGACUUUGAAUGCAGUCAUCUUGACGAGGAAAAAAAUGAUGACGCCGUCACCGAUUUCGGCAAAGACGACGCUCACAUGGCGGAGAUGCUCGAACAAACCGUCAACCAUCUUAUCGAAGACGACGACGAAAUUGGCAGACCGAAGGUAAAUGGAACGAAUGGGAAUCGAAAGUGGGUCAUGUCCACAUCUGACCAUGAAACUUAUGCGGUAAUUGAUUUUAAAAAUGGAGUCAAAGUUAUUCUUGAACUGUAACA